AUGACGCUACGUUGUGGUUCAUUUUUCAGCCGUACACAUAAUGGUCUAUUGAAUUCACCAUAUCAGUCAGAUGUUAGUCAAUCAGCUCCAAGUAGUCCAACAAUUGAUACAUAUGAAACACUGCCAUUGGUACCAAAUGCCGCAUCAAUUGCUCGAGUUCCUGUCUCACUUCCUGUUGACCCCAGUCAAUUGCGUACAACACUUUGUACAAAUUCAUUUCAAAGUUCACAUAAAAAUGACUCCCAUAAUCAGUUUGAAAGAAAAAGUACCACCAAUGGUACUUCAGAAAGAUGUUCUGAGUCCAUGCUUCUAUGCUUGAUGCAGCGUCUUGGAGUAGAGUCUGUUUGGCCAUGUCUAUUGGAACACGGUGUAGCAGAUGUGAAACGACUCAGUAGAUUGACUAGGAAUGAAUUAAUUGAAAUGGGUGUUACAGACGCUGAGACAAGAGCUACCUUAAUGACAGCUGCUCAAUUGUUAACCGAUUCAUGGUUGAAUCCUGCAUUAUUUCACAAAGCGUUGAAUAAACCAAAUUUAAAGAAUACAAAUGAUAUGUUAGAGAUACAGAAUUUACAUGAUUCUGGCAUUUCAAGUGGGACAGAUAUUGGGGGUUCAUAUUCAUCACAAAAACCUCAAACUGUAAAUUUUUUGCAACAUUCUACUGACUUGUCAACAGAUCAUUUCAAAGGGAUUUCACUAUGUCAAACAGACCAAACGGAACAGAAUCCAACAAGAUGGAAUUACAGUCGUAAACAGUGUAAUACUGGACAAAUUCACCAGCUAGAAUAA